AUGUAUCCGCGGGGUCUUUUCGCUCCCUUGUGCUCGGUGGGGCGGGGCCCCCACCUGACACCGCUGGUGCAGCAGGGCGCAUCUCUGGCUGCUCUGGCUCCUUUGGCUCGCCGUUUCAGCACUUUCAACCACAACAUAGGGCCACACAAGUCGGAGCCACCUGCGAGCGAGAAGCCCCUGUUUCUGAAUCGCUUUGACCAGGCGGAUGACCCCUCGUUGUUCGUUUUGGAAGCCGAGGAACUGCAGCGACGACGGGAAGCUCUGCAGGUGCAGAACAAAGAUGAUGCUCUUAUUGAUGCAGCAGACAUCGUCCAGCCUUCUAACCACCCCCAUCAGCGGAAGGGCUUCUUCAGGCGUAUGCGGUACUGGCAUUAUCAUCAGACAGCUGAGCCCACCUUCCCUCGUCCUCCCGAUCUCAGCAAAGGAGAGCUGGCUGCGGGUGCAACCGUGACAAGGACAACUGUAUGGAAUAACGAAGACGAGCCUGCAGUGGUCUCAAUCGGGCGCUUUGCCCCUGAAAACUUCCGCCCUGUCGGCUACGCAGAGAAUGCCCCCAACCCCACCAGCAUCAACAGCGACGCUCACCCCGAUUUCAGAGACUACAGGCUCGGCAGUGGCAGCCCAGAUAGAAGGCCCUUCAUGUAUUUCUUGAGUGCAUCGUACUUCUUCAUCGGUGCCAGUAUGAUGCGCAGCCUGCUAUGCAAAAUGGUACACUUCUGGUGGGUCAGCAAGGAUUUGAUGGCAGCAGGCACAACGGAGAUCGAUUUGCGGCCAAUUGAGCCGGGGACAACGGCGGUGUUCAAGUGGAGAGGAAAGCCCGUCUUUGUGCGUCACAGAACGGAGGAGGAGAUAGAGAGAGCAAGGCAAGGCUACAGCCACUUCGUCCCUGUUGUCUUUUGUUUGCCUUCUGUUUGUUUUGUUUUGGCGGACGAUUUGCUCGUGGGUACUAUGAAGGACCCCCAGAUGGACGCGGAGCGAUGCCCCCGACCUGAAUGGCUGAUUAACAUUGGCGUCUGCACACACUUGGGCUGUAUCCCGGUCGAGGGUGGCAGCUACCACGGCUGGUUCUGCCCCUGCCACGGCUCGCACUACGAUAUCUCAGGCCGUGUCCGUCAGGGCCCGGCGCCGACGAAUUUGGAAGUCCCCGAGAUGGUAUUUUUGGAUGAUCUCACCGUGAAGUUGGGUUAA